UGGCACCUGAGAGGGCUCCCUCCCUUCCUUCCCUCACCUCCCACUUUCUGCUCCGCAGCCCCCAAAGGAGGGUCAGUUGUUGCAUUUUUUUAAGGGGGGCAGCAUUUAUUCAUGGUUAUUCAAGCACCUUGUGGGCUUCCUUCUGACUUUUCCUCUGAAGGACUCUGAAGCAUUUGGAGAGGUAACCAUAAGCUUGCUAGGAAAGGAAGCAUCUUUGAAUCCCCACUGAUGUAUGAAGUUUCAGAGCACCAAAGCACUGGCACAGAAAGUUCAGGAAGCAGUCUUGGAAGCUCGGUCACAGCAUGUAAGAAGGUUCUCUGCAGUAACAGCUUGCUUGAAUCAACAGACUACUGGCUACAGAAUCAGAAGACACCAUGCAGAAUUGGUAUAGUGGAAGACAAAUUAGAAAAGAACUACACUUCAGUUUGCUUUGUGAAUCUGGAUGCACACAAAGAUGAUUGUGACAAUGAACUCAUGAAACAGAGAUUAGUUGGCAUCUCCCCAAAUCUCCCAAAGCUUAUCAGCUCUAUGAAUGUACAGCCACCAAAAGAGAAUGAAAUCAUCCUUCUGAGUGGCUUAACAUCAGGGAACCUUCAGAAUGAUUUUGAAGUAUCCCAGUGUUCUUGGCUGGCAGAUGUCUGUCUGGUUCAGUGUGCAAGAGGAAACAGAAAGAACAGCACAAGCUGCAUCAUCUUUGAAAUAAACAAGUUUCUGAUUGGGCUGGAGCUUGUGCAGGAGAAGCAGCUGCACAUAGAAGCUGGUAUCUUAAAGCCUGAGGACGAUACUAAUUGCUCAGUGUCCUCAAUAGAAGAAGAUUUUCUCACCGCAUCUGAACACUUUGAAGAUGAGAAUGAGCCAGAGGAAUAUAAAAACGGCCAGGAGAAAUUGAAUGUCACAGAAUCUGCCAUAGAAUCCAAAAAGCACAGUGGGAAAGGACAUGAAAUUCUGCAUUACCAAAAAGACGGAUUGCCAUUUGCCCUGGAAGUUAAUUGUAUUAACAAAGACAGGAGCACAGCUCCUGCUAGGACUUCAGGUUCAUCUGAAGAAGAAUAUAAUGGGGAAAGUGAAGUCAGUGUUUCACAAACUGUAGGUAAAGCCAUUAAGCAGCUUCAUUGGAAAUUUGAUCAGGAUGGAAAAUCUAAGCCAUCCUCUAAUACUGGCUGUCUGGAUGAUUCUUCUAAUUUGUCAGAAGAUGCAUUUUUGGCUGUAAUGUCCAAGGAAGAAAUUAUUUCUUUCGAUGAUGUGACAGCAGAGCAAAAUAGUCAUUUAGAUACAUCAGACUGUAGAACAGAAAGACCACCUCAACUUUUCAUUCAAAAUGAACAGGUCACUGCAGGUCAGUUUGCUACAAAUCUGGCAGAAUCUGUUCUGCAAGAUGCAUUUAUCAGGUUGUCUCAGUCUGCUUUUACUAAAGAGGCUGCCAUCAGCAUCUCUGUUGGUAACUCCUUGACGUCAGCUGCAUAUGCAAAACAGAAUAUCAUGGCUUCCCAGUCAUGGAAUGAACUUCCAAAAAUUGUUAUAGUUCAGAGUCCAGAUGGCUCUGACAAUACACCUGAAUGGCCUGGAGCCAGUUUACCAAGUUUGUGUCCUUGGUCUGAAGGCAUACAGUCUUCUGAAGUUAUCGAUCAUUUACAAGACAAGAGCUCCAGUGAGGGCACUCAAAGUGCUUUAGAAGUAGCUUUGGCUUGUGCUGCAACAGUCAUAGGUACUAUUUCAAGUCCACAUGCCACAGAAAAGCUCAAAAGAGAACAGGACUCCACAAACACUGCAACUAAUAUGAUUGAUAAUGAAGAGUCAGAGGGAAUACCUUUCCAAAGUGCCAAUCACUGCACAUCUGUUGAUUAUUCAUUUCCAUCUGCACUGUGUGGCAUGACUCAAGUGGCAAGUGCUGUUGCUGUUUGUGGCCUUGGGGAAAAGAAAGAUGAUAAGUACCCUGUAACUUCAGGAGGACUUUUAUCUGCUGCUGAGACAUCAGCAGCUAUUACUCUUCACUGUAGCAUAGCUAUAGGGAGUAGUAUGGAAAACCUAAACAACAGCAUUGCCCAGGUGUUAUUCAAAGAGGCAUCUUUAGUGUUAACAAAACCUGAAACAUAUAGAAAUUUAGGAGACUUUAUGGAGUCUAUAAAUGGAAAAAUUGCUCAGGCUGCAACAACACCCUCUGUUCCCUAUGUGGAUGAAAUAGUUAUUGAUGACCUCGCCCAGGACUUGUCCAAUGUUAUUCUUACACACUCAGUGGAUGAAGUCAGGAGGAAGCAGCUAAAUGUGUGUUCAGAAAGAAGAAUAGACCUCAAUACUCAAGAUGUUUUUAUUGCAACUGUUAAUAAGCUGCUUUUUAAUGUGCUGUACUUUACCUGUAAGAAAGUGAGUGAUAUUACAAAGCUUAGUGAAUGUUCAAGUGCUUUUGCUGUAGAUAGUCUUAAUGGUCAGGUAAUGGAGAGCCAAACGAAAGAAACAAUAAAUAACCUGUUAGAGCAUUCCCCAGACUGCUCCAGUAAUAAGCUUCUUAAUACCUUCUGUAGCAACAAUCAAGACAAGGAAACUGUGUCUGCAAGAAAUGUGGUGAAAGAUGUCAAACGGGAAGUUGUUCCGGGCAUUCUUGAAUCUGCUACCCUUCAUGCAGAUUUACCAACGGGGGCCACUACACAUAGCUCAUCCUCUGGAAAAACAUCUCCCAAGAAAAGAUAUCUCAAAAGAAAUACAAGAGAGUGUUACAAAUCCAUAAAUUCCAAUAGCAUCAAUCAAACUAAGAAAGACCUCCAGUCAUUUACUGGCAGAGACAGUACAACACCAGCAAGUGAAUGCAGACAUGGCCUUCAAGAUCUUCAAUCUUCGAACGUGAAAGUAAGUACAGAAAGUCAGGAAAAGCAUACAUGUGACACAGGGUGGCACAGUGAAGCCCAACUUACUGUGUCCUUGUUGGGUAAUCAAACUUUUCCACCUCCCCAACCUCUGCUACAGCUGAAGCACCCAACAGACAAAUACUGCAUAACAGAUUUUGCAGAGGAAUUAGCAGAAACAGUAGUCUCUAUGGCAACAGAAAUAGCUGCCAUUUGUCUUGACAAUUCAAAUGGCAAGCAACCUUGGUUCUGUGCAUGGAAGAGAGGAGGUGACUGUUUGUUGCCCCAGGCUUUAACAUGCCGGCCCAUUAAAAGAAAGAAAGAGACACCAUCUAAUGGAUCAGUUGUGAGAAAACAUAGGCCACCUAGGCUUAGUGAGAUCAAGAGAAAGACAGAUGAGCACCCUGAGCUAAAAGAAAGGCUCAUGAAUAGGGUAGUGGAUGAAUCCAUUAACCUAGAUGAUACCCUAGAUUCAAACAAUAGCUUUGCCAGUGAAGUAGCUGCUAAAAUUAUGAACUUAGCUGAACUCUCUGUGGCUGACAAUGUCUGGCAGAGUCCAAACCAUCCUCGAAAUAGACUGCACUGUGACAGAUGGAACAGAGUCAAUGCAUCCAGCUGUGAGAGCAUUCCUGAGGAAGACUCAGAUUCCAAAGGGUCUGCAAAUACUUUAAGUCUCAUGAACACUUUAGGGCAGCCAAUAAGCAGAACCAGUUCUGUCUCCAAACAGUCCAGCUGUGAAAGCAUUACAGAUGAGUUUUCAAGGUUUAUGGUCAACCAGAUGGAAAAUGAAGGUCGAGAGUUUGAUUUAUUACUUGACUACUAUGCCGGAAAGAAUGCAAACAAUAUCUUGACAUCUGCAUUGCAACAAGUCACCAGGAAAAAUGGCCACCUCAAUGUCAGGUCAAGUUGCCCAUCCAAACAGUCAAGCACAGAAAGCAUAACAGAAGAGUUUUAUAGAUACAUGCUAAGGGAAAUUGAAAAAGAAAAUAAAGAAAAUGUGACUUCUAUGAGGAAUGCAAAAGACUGGAAUAGCAAUUUAUUGCCCCCUUCCCAACGAUCACCCUUUUGUUUUAGGCAGUCUUCAAUGCCUGAUAGCAGAUCCUCAGCAUCAAGGCUAACAGUGAAUACACCUGUCAAAGCAAAUUCAUUAGAUGGCUGUUCUCGCAAUGGCCACCAGGAUUCUUUAAAUGUACGGCCAAUCAGCACAUUAUCCACUUCAGGACUUUGUAAAUCAGACUCUUACCUGUACCAAAGAUGUCAGACUGAUCAGAUAACUGACAUGCUAAUCCAUGAGACAUGGUCAAACUCCAUCAAAGCUCUAAUGUGCAAGAACAAAAUAAUAAUAGAUGAUGGAGAGGUUACUGAGCCUGACCAGCAUCCUCACGACUCCCCAUCACACGUCCAGCAGUAUGCAAACAGGUUAGCAACAAAUAUUGUUGAAAGUGGGAAAACAUUAAUUGCCACCCACCAAGAUUCUUCAGAGAGGGAUCAUGACACAGAAAGCAGCCAUUUUCCAAUAGGAAUGCAAAGUAUCAGUAAACCAACAGCUGACAGAAUAGAUUUAAGUGUGAAAAAUGAAUAUACUGCACCCCCUGGAUUGUUUCCUACACAUUGUGCAAGCUCUUCUUCAUACAUAAGGGAAGUGCCUUUAAUUCAAAUAGAGACUGAUCAAAGAGAAGACCUUGAUAAAAGUUCAGAACCUGUAAAUGAAGUUAACAGUGCCUCUGAGGAAUCUAGGGAUCAUCUAAACAAAGAAAACCCUUCAAACAACAGCUUGACUAUGGGCAGGGUCCCUGAGUCUGAAGCCUCAGUGGAAGCCAAAGUAGCGGAAGAGUCCUCAGUCCCUCUCAGCAGCAGUGAUGAAAGCACAGGUAGCAGCUGGUGUCAGUUGACAAAUGAAGAGGAGAUCCCUGAUGAUACAAGCAGCUAUUUGCAGCUCAGUGAGAGAUCCAUGAGCAAUGGCAACAGCAGUACCACUAGCAGUCUUGGCAUUAUGGAUCUGGAAAUUUAUCAGGAAAGCAUGCCAUCUUCCGGUACAAUUAAUGCAUUAGUAGAAGAAAACACAUUUCAUAAAAAGGAGCGAGAAAAAGCAGAAGAAUGCACUUCUGCUAUAUGUGUGGGAACAGCCAGUGCACAAAAGGAUCUCUUGGUGAUAAACUUCGACCUGGAACCAGAGUGUCCAGAUGCAGAACUUCGUGCCACACUUCAGUGGAUAGCUGCAUCAGAACUUGGGCUUCCGACAAUCUAUUUUAAGAAAUCUCAGGAAAAUAGAAUUGAAAAGUUUUUAGAUGUUGUGCAGCUUGUUCACCAAAAAUCCUGGAAAGUGGGCGAUAUCUUUCAUGCUGUGGUACAGUUCUGCAAACUCCAUGAAGAAAGCAGAGAGCAGACGCCAAGUCUCUUUGAUUGGCUCCUUGAGCUGGGAUAAGAAAUCUUGUUAUACUCUCAUUUUCAUUUUUAAUCCAUUUUAAGUGACAGUGUUUUGUGGGUGGCCCUCUGUUCAAAACAUCAGCACCUAAAGUGAAUAGAAAUGCACAAACUCUGCCAGUGUACCAGAGUGUUACAAAGCUGUGCACAGAAAAAAAGGAAAGCGGAGGUCUGGAGUAUAGCACUGCAUCAUAUGGGAGACUUUUGUAUUUUAGAAUGUAUUGUUGCAAGAAAGAUUGAGGAUCUAUUUUAAAUCAUGGUUGGUUUGUUAAAAGCAACACAGUUUCUCAUAUUUCUGAUAAUCAUUGACAGUCUCUUGGACAUUUGUAUUGACUGACACUGGGAAUUGCGUUGUAACAAAAGAUUUUUUUUAAAUAAA